CGAGUGUUUAUCUUCACAUUUACUUUUCGCAUUUGUACUUUAGUGUUUUAAUCACGCAUGUUGGCAAUAAUGCUUAGUUAAUGAACAUGUCCGUGUUGGGUUGCCAACGGAGUUUCAGUAUAUUUCAAUCGUAUUAAUAUUCUGUUAAAAUCGUUGUCAAGCCCUGUAAGUUUGUGUCAUCGUGAAAUAGGAUCGCGCCACUAUAAACGUAAUAUAACUGAACCUUGCAACAUGAUGAUGUUGGAACAGUCUCCAGAACAAACGGAUGAAGGAGAAAAGGAUGAUGACAAUGAAGAGAUGAGUCCUGAAUCUCCCAUCCCAUCAACUCUGGUUGCUGUGAAGAUGGAGGCGGAGUCAGAUGAGGAGCCAGAGCCUUCACUUUAUAAUGCAGAUUUAGAAAAUGAUGAACCAAUUGCUACAGAGGAUGUAACAGAAGCAGCUCGUGUUCAUCCAUCUUUAUUGCAAGCUGAAAAAGAAAGGCCAAAGGCAGAGAAACCUACAAUGUUGUGUCCACUGUGCGAAGUGAGCUUUGCUGGUGGAGCAGCGUUGGCUUCGCACCUGCGUGCGUGUCGUGUGCGCCAUGGUGAAGAGCCUCCUCCGCCCACCGGGAAAGAGCACCGCUGCGACAUUUGCAGCCUUGCUCUGUCCAGCGCGUCCUAUGUGAAGCGGCACAAGCUGGCGGUGCAUCUGGGUGUGAAGCCCUAUCAUUGCGAUGUUUGUAGUGCUGCCUUCACUCAGCAGGCAAACCUGAACACACACAAGCGUCGCCAUGCAGGUGAGCGGCCUUACCAGUGUGACCUGUGUGAUGCAGCAUUUGCGGAGAGUAAGGACCUAAAGACUCACAAGCGGUUCCAUACAGGGGAGCAGCCAUACGUGUGCAAUGUGUGUGACUGUGCGUGCUAUACUUCUUCUGAUCUGAAAAUCCACAAGCUCACGCAUACAGGGGAACGCCCUUAUCCCUGCGGUCUGUGCGAUGCAUCAUUUGCACGAGCUCAUAGUCGCAAAGUGCAUCAGCGAAUGCAUCACACUGGUGAGCGUCCCUUCUGCUGUGAUAAAUGUGAUGCAGCCUUUGCCUCAAAUGAAGCACUAAAAAGCCACUAUCGGAAGCAUACAGGGGAACAACCAUACCAGUGCAAAGAAUGUGGUGCGGCGUUCAAAGGUAACUCAGGUUUACGGGCUCACAGGCGACUCCACACUGGUGAGCGUCCAUUUGCCUGCGAAGAGUGUGACUCUAGCUUCACAACCCGCUGGAGCUUGAAAGUGCAUCAGGCAAGGCACAGCGAUGCUCGCCCUUUCAGCUGUGAGCAGUGCAAUGCUACUUUCAAGACACCUACGGGAUUAAGUACUCAUAGGAGACGGCACAAGCGUAAGAGUAUGAAGAACUGAGAGUUUUCUCAGUUUAUCAGACAAUCUCAAGUUGGUGAGCUGAUGGUAAAAAGUACCAUGAUGCCCAACAUAAUACUCCAAAUGUAAUUAUAUAAAUAAAAAUAUUAUUUUCUGUUAUGUAUUUAAAUUACAAUAUGUGAAGAUAUUAUUAAAUUGUUUUUAGUAUUGUGAUAUGUUUAACUAAUGUUUGUGGUUUGCCAAGUUAUUCCAUUCUGUGAUGACAAAAUACUAGGCUUCUCAGAGUCUAGGAUUUGAAAAAGAUAUAUUAAUAUAAGAAAAAGUGUGAUAUCAGUAUAUUUGUAAUUUUAAAGAUGUAUUUCUGUGGCUUUAGGAGUUGUCUAGUUGUGCAGGAAGUAAAAUAAUACUUCUGGGCAUAACUUCACCUUCUCAAUGUUCUGUGAUUUGGUAGCUUUAACUUCUUGUUUUCUAUACUCUUGUUAUGUGUGUGUGUGCGCGCGUGUGUGUGCACGCAUGCGAGGGUGUGUAUGCACUAAACUGAUGAACGAUGAAAACAUAAAUUAGUAUCUAAUAUAUGUUUUUUUGCUGUGAAUUUGUAGAAUUUACCAUGCUAUAUGGUAAGGAUCCUUUGUCCUUUCUGCAUUUCUUGGUCAUUGUGUUAAGUAUCUGGUAACAUUAAAAUUUUUUAUGUAGUUUCAGUGAUUUAUUAUUGUUAAGUUAACCUUCCAUGAAAUGUGCUGGAAAAAUGCAG